CAAGAAUUAAGCUGAAGUCGCUCUAUUUGAUACUAAGGCUUUGAGAUUUUUGAAAAGGAUUACUUUACUUAUUUGAAAAUUAAACUCUGUUAUAAGAUUUUAGGCCACAUAAAAUCACAUUAAUUGAGAGUUGAGGAUUAUCUUAAUAAUCAAAAAUAAUAAUUUCAAGACAAUAAUUCAUAAAUUAUUAAAAAAAAAAAAUUGUCAAACAAGCAAAAAUUAAAAUUAAAAGGUUGGAAAGGAAUUUUCCAAAAAUCCAUAGAACAGAGUGUGAGCCUCGAAUCCAAGGCGGUGAAGUAUCUGAUCGGAUCUUAAAUCUGGAGUGAGAGUGUUACCUUUUGUUUUGAGUUGUGACUUGCGAAGGUACUAUUCAACUCUCAGUAAUCACACAAACAGAGAAAGUGAAAAGAAUCAAUCCCCACUUAACCAAAUUGAUUCGAGAUGCAGUACAAGAACCUUGGGCGUUCUGGGUUGAAGGUGAGCCAACUAUCUUAUGGAGCAUGGGUUAGUUUUGGGAAUCAAUUGGAUGUGAAUGAAGCUAAAUCAAUCUUGCAAUGUUGCCGAGAUCAUGGCGUUAACUUCUUCGAUAACGCCGAGGUUUACGCUAACGGUCGUGCUGAAGAGAUAAUGGGACAAGCCAUUAGAGAACUUGGUUGGAAAAGAUCUGAUGUUGUUAUAUCUACUAAGAUCUUCUGGGGUGGUGCUGGACCUAAUGAUAAAGGUCUUUCUCGUAAACACAUCAUUGAAGGAACAAAAGGUUGUUUGAAACGACUUGAUAUGGAUUAUGUUGAUGUUCUUUACUGUCAUCGCCCUGAUUCAUCAACUCCAAUUGAAGAAACUGUUAGGGCUAUGAAUUUUGUUAUCGAUAAGGGUUGGGCUUUCUAUUGGGGUACCAGUGAAUGGUCUGCUCAGCAGAUUACUGAGGCUUGUUCCGUUGCUCAAAGACUUGAUUUGAUUGGCCCUGUGGUGGAACAGCCUGAGUAUAAUCUUCUGUCAAGGCACAAAGUUGAGUCUGAAUAUGUUCCUCUCUACUCCAACUAUGGUAUUGGACUCACAACAUGGAGUCCUCUUGCUUCUGGAGUUCUCACUGGUAAAUACAACAAAGGUUCUAUUCCCCCUGAUAGUCGUUUCGCCCUUGACAAUUACAAGAAUCUAGCAAGCAGGUCAUUGGUUGAUGAUGUCCUCAAAAAAGUCCAAGGUUUACAACCAAUUGCUGAUGAAUUAGGUGUGACUCUAUCUCAACUUGCCAUUGCAUGGUGUGCCGUAAAUCCCAAUGUGUCGUCAGUUAUUACAGGCGCAACUAAGCAAUCUCAGGUCGAAGAAAAUAUGAAAGCUGUGGAUGUCAUCCCUUUGCUUACAGCUCCUGUGAUGGAAAAAAUUGAGGCCAUUGUUCAGAGCAAGCCUAAGCGUCCAGAAGCAUACAGAUGAAUGCAGAUGCAAGAUAUACUAUUUUUGCAUCUGAUUUUGAUCAUGGAACCAUUGUCCAAUUUGGGUCAUGAUGUGUUGUUCAUUUACUAAGAUGUGGGUAUCACUUGGUUUGUAUUCCUAUUGCCUACAUUUUUAUUUGCUUAGUAGUCCAUAAAAAGCAAAAAAGGAUAGUGUUAAGACCAAGACAUAAUUUGAGUUUAGGCGUUUAUGUUGUGUGUCAUGAUCUGUACUUGCAAUUUAUUGAACUAUUGUUGUGACUUGUGACGAGGUGUGUAUUUGCAAUUAAAUUUAUAAUUUUUGGAAA